AUGCCUCCGAAGCGGGGUGGUCGGGUUAAGGGAAAGCGGGCGGGGUCCGAUGCGCCGCAAAAAAAGCGGCGGCGCGAGCCCACCGCCGAAGCGAUCAACCCCCCCGACAGCGAUGCCAACCCGAACCUCGGGGAGCACCGUGAGGCGGCGGAGAGGGCGCCAUCGCAGGAGGAAAUGGCGGAGUGCCCGAUCGACUUUGACGACGUCGAGGCCGAGGAGGAGGACGCCAUCGACUUGGAUGGGGCGAUUCUCGCGGACGACGACUUUGAGGUCAAGGCCGAAAAGUACCGCCGGCGGAUGUUGGCGCAGCGGCAACUCGCCGACGCGGAGGCGCGGGAGGACAUCCAAACCCGCAGCCACAAGACGACCCCGUUUGCCAUCGCGGACGCCUCGGCGGGUUCCCCCGAGGGGGGCGAUGUCGAGCUUCUUCGCCCCUCUCACUCGACGGAGGAGCUGCGGGACCGCAUCGCGGAGACGGUCCGCGUGCUCUCGAACUUCCGCGAGGACCGCGAGGAGGCGCGCAGCCGCACGGCCUACGUGGAGCUGCUGCGCGGCGAUUUACUGCAGUUGUACGAGUACAACGAGUUUCUGAUGGACAGCGUCCUGCAGAUGUUCCCCCCGGCCGAGGCGGUGGACUUUUUGGAGGCGAUGGAGAAGCCGCGGCCGACGACGAUCCGCGUGAACACCAUCAAGUGCAAGCGGCGCGACCUGGUCCAGGCCCUCGUGAAGCGUGGGAUGAAUGUCGAGCCGCUGGAGAAGUGGUCCAAGGUCGGCCUGCAGGUCUUCGAGUCCAACGUGCCGAUCGCCGGGACGGUGGAGUACCUGGCGGGGCAUUAUAUGCUCCAGGCCGCGGCGUCCUUCCUGCCGGUGAUGGCGCUGGCCCCGCAGGAGGGGGAGCGCGUGUUGGAUAUGGCCGCGGCACCGGGGGGGAAGACGACGUACAUCGCGCAGCUCAUGAAAAACACCGGCGUCCUCUUCGCCAACGACGUCAGCGAGGGGCGCUGCCGGGCCCUCAACGCCAACCUGCAGCGCCUUGGCGUCGCAAACGCGAUCGUGACGAACUACGACGGCGCCGGCUUCGCGGCGGUGAUGCGGAACUUCGAUCGGGUCCUGCUCGACGCGCCGUGCACGGGGACCGGCAUCAUCGCCCGGGAUCAAAGUAUUAAGCGGGGCCGGCAGCUCGCGGACGCCCAGCGCGCGGCCCAGCUCCAGCGCACGCUCCUUCUGAGCGCGAUCGACGCCUGCCGGGUCGGGGGCCACGUCGUCUACUCGACCUGCUCCUUCCUCACGGAGGAGGACGAGGCCGUCGUGGACUUCGCCCUGCGGCGCCGGGCGGUGCGGGUGGUGGAGAUGGGCCUGCCCUUCGGCCGGCCGGGCUUCACGAAGUACCGCCACGCCCGCUUCCACGACAGCCUCGAGCGGUCCCGGCGGUACUUCCCCCACGUCCACAACAUGGAUGGCUUCUACGUCUGUAAGCUGCAGAAGCUCGCGGACGCGCCGGACGCCCCCACGCCCAAGGCAGAAGGGAGGGGGGGGAGGGCGCGUCGGACGGCCUCGGACGGCCCCAAAGGCCAAGGCCGAGCUGAAAGCCAUCCACCGCGUGCGCUGAAGCCCGUGGGCGGCCGGGGGGGCAAACUGAGCAUCCCACCGAGAGAAAACACUUCGUAG